AAAUGGAAACAUUGAAGGAAAAAAGAGAAAGUAAGAUAAGAAAAUGCUUCAAUGGAAAAUAAGAGAGAAGAUAACAAUAAUUUACUAAGGAGAUUAUUAAUGCUUGUCACUCUCUUUCAAUGUCUUUCCAAGUAUAAAGUCAGCUUCUAUGGCUUUCUUUAAAACAGAGCGUAUCAAAUUCCAAAUUAUCCAUUAACAGAUUAACCAAGCUUUUACGUUGUCUCUUCAAUGGCGGACUCGCCAGAGCUUUGAUCACAAUAUUCCACCAUUCAAAAAAUACUUUGGAGCGAAACGGAACACAGAAUUAUCAUUACAGACCAUCUAGAGGCCCACGAAAACAGAGCAGAGAGAAGAGAAGUUCAUAUUUCAGAGACAGCAAAAUCCCAGUCAAAUCACUACAGAGUUUCCUCCCAUCUAUUUCCACUGGGGUGUCUCAAUUAAUUGCAUUUCAUAAUCCUCUCUCUCUCUCUCUCUCCUUAUCUCUGUCAAUACAUCUAUGGCGAUAUUCGAUUUACAGAGAUAGGCGGAAGAAUCGCGAGUUUCUUGGUGAAAAGAGAGAUGGAUUUGAGAAAAAUCGUGGUGAUUGUUGAGGAUGUUGAAGUAGCAAGAACAGCGUUGAAAUGGGCGCUUAAUAAUCUAAUGCGCUAUGGCGAUUUGAUUACUCUUCUUCAUGUAUUUCCUUCUACAAGAUCCAAAAGUAGUUCCAAAGUUCGUAAUCGCCGAUUGAAUGGCUAUCAAUUGGCCCUAACUUUCAGAGACCUCUGUAACACUUUCCCUAAUACAAAGGUAGAAAUUGUUGUGACGGAAGGCGAUCAAGAAGGUAGAAAGAUCACGGCCAUUGUUAGAGAAAUUGGAGCUUCUGUGCUUGUAGUUGGACUCCAUAGCCAUAGCUUUCUAUACAAGAUGGCUAUGGAGGAAGAAGAUUUAACCAGAAUUUUCAAUUGCAAAGUGCUGGCAAUCAAGCAAGCAACGAACACAGCGGAAGAAUCACAAAAGACCAAGAGUGUGGAAGUUAUAGCUGCAACUACGAACGGUUCAACCAAUAUGGAGUUCUCCCAGAUCGAGAUUGCUAAAUUACAAGCUCCUGAAGUUCCUAUACAGAAAAUUCCAUACAGAAUUUGCCCCGACCCUUAUGCGAUUAUUUGGAGAUCGAAGAAAUCAACAAGAAGAUGGACUUUGUGACAAACAACCACACCCAGACCUUCUUUAUUUAUCUCAACCUUCAUUCAUUCCACUAAUGCUCCUUUAUGUUCUAUCUCUUUCCCACACUUCUUUUUAGACCUUGCCAAUAAUGGAGUUCUUUUUUGUCAUUGUCAACAACAACGUAUGCCUUGUACACCACACAUCCAGUGUAGAUGAAAAAAAGUGCACUACAAUUGUAAUCCAUUUUAUCUGAUAUAUAUAUAUAGGUUUUGCAGUUUUUCUU